CGACCCACGCGUGAAAGCUGGCUGAGUCCAUGGCUCAGUACGACUCGGGACUGACUCGAGACGGUCCAGCACGGUCCGGCAACGAACCGAAAACGAGAUGAGGCUCGUUGCAUUGCUCGGAUUCCUGUUCGGAUUGUGCCGGUGCGCCAACGAGACGCGACACCACGUGCACGAUAGCACUCUCGCCGAGAUCUUUGAGAAUGCGGUCCAGGCGUAUCUCGACGAGGAUUGGGACCGCUGCAUCGCCGGUUUCAACGAUGCUCUAAAUGGAUACAAAGUAUACAAACGCAUGGUGACAACUUGCCGGCGAAAAUGUAAAGCCGAGGCGGCGGACUCCUCGCCGAUCCUUGCCGAGAACAUUGAGGAUCUGCAAUUUUACGAGAAAAAGAUCAAGGAAACGCUCUGUUUGAUGAAAUGCAAUCAGGAUUACCGAGAAAUCGCUGGCGCGACGGUGCUUAAACGACUUCCGCCCGUCACGGAAAAGAAGUUUGUCGAUCUUACCAUUUACGAGUAUCUUCAUAUCUGCUAUUUUCAGAAAAAAAGACAUCAAGAUGCAGCGAAUGCAGCUUUCACCUUUCUGACCCAACACCGAGAUCACGAGAUGAUUGAAAAGAGCCUCAAGUUUUACAUAGAUUUACCUGACGUACAAUUGGAGAAAAUUGUCAAUUUAGAAGCGGCUCCUUUCGUGAAAAUGUACGUCCGAGGAGUCUCGGCAUACGAAAACGAGCAUUAUGCGGAGGCUGUGGCCGAAUUCGAGAGUUCUCUCGAGUCUUAUAUGGAAUCCGAGGAGAAGUGCAGAAUCUAUUGCGAGGGACCUUUCGACCAAGGAUGGCAUCCCGAAUUUACCUCUUCGGUAGCAAAUCACUUUGCAUUCUGCUUAAAGUGCAAACGUAAAUGCUCAUCCGCGUUGAACAACGUAAACGGCAAUUUCCGGAGCGACUUACUUAGAAGUCACUACAAUUACCUGCAGUUUGCUUAUUACAAACUGGGUAAUUUAAAAGCGGCCUGCGCAGCGGUCGCGAGCUUUUUAUUAUUCCUACCCGCUGAUGAAACGAUGCUUCAUAAUAAGGACUACUAUAGCGCACAACCGAAAGUCAAGGAAGAAUAUUUCAAGCCAAGAGAGGAAGCGCUUUCUUACGUCAAGCGACAAGAAUACGAGUUGAUGCUGCUACAUUACGUAUCGAAUGAAUUUACGGCAAUUGAUGCCAGGCUCAAGGCGUUCACCAAAAAGGUUCAUGUAAAAAAGACCGAUAAGAAAAAGAAACGGACAUUAAAGUUGAGAGACGAAACGAGCUCUUCGUCGAGACUGACCUUACAUCCACCUCCGGGUCACUCACCAUCCACUUGGAUGCAACUCGUGGGCAAUCUGUCGACAUUCCGUGAGACAUGGAACGUGGAGCGGCAGACAAACUUUCAAAGAGAUCAAGAGAUUCGAACGAGACCGCAAUUAAAAGCCAGAGACGACGUACGAUUAAUAGCAGGAGAAGAAGAGCUCGGUGGAAAGAAUCGCUAUGCAUUCGACGGUUUUCUCGAUUCCAUCGAGUGCAAUCGGCUCUUGCAACUCGCUCAGAUUGCUGUGGAAGGAGAUGGCUACGAAGGAAACAAGAAUCCGCACUCGCCUUUCGAACGUUUCGAAGGUGUGACCGUUGGCAGAAUGGCUUUGAUGGUGUAUUUCGGUCUGACAAAGCCGGAAUCGUUGGAAUUGUUCCUAGAACGUACGGAAGCGGUUCGCGAUCACGUGGAAAGGUACUUCAACCUCGAUCAACCGUUGCAUUUCACCUACACCCAUCUGGUCUGCCGAACGGCUUUACCUGAUUCCCCAGCGAACCGAACCGAUUUCAGUCACGAAAUUCACGCUGAUAAUUGCGUGAUACGUAAUGACGGUCUCUGCCACCGGGAAGAUCCCGCGUAUACAUGGCGCGACUACUCGGCGAUUCUGUACCUCAAUGAUGACUUCGACGGUGGCGAAUUUUUCUUCGUCGAGAGUCAAAGGAAGCGCCACGUCCGGAGUAUCGUUCGACCUCGAUGCGGACGCAUGGUGGCUUUUUCCGCCGGCGGUGAAAAUCUUCAUGGCGUCCAAGGCGUGCGCGGCGGAAAAAGGUGCGCCGUGGCAUUGUGGUUCACUCAGGAUAAAAAGUAUCUUGAAUACGAGAGAGUGGUGGCGGAUACCGUGUUGACGAGAGUCCGCGACCUGGGUAUCGUGCAACGCCAGGAUAAUCAGAUACCGCUCAGGUAUGAGGAAACGCUGAUCCAGUGUUUCAAGGAAGACGAAAUGUUGAGGUACAUACUGAGCAAAUCUGCAACGUGAAAACGUUAAAGGCAACACUAACGGCAGCAAACUAAAAUUAAGUGUAUAUAUAUAUAUAUAUAUAUACACACGCACACACAUUGAUGCUUCAGAGCAAGAAAGAAGAGUAGAAAAAAAAUGUUAAAAGUAUAACGUAGCUAAAUCUAGUUUUUUAAGGGGAAGCUGGAGUCGUCUGUAUUAUCGUAAAAUUUGUGAACACUAAUCUUUUUAUUGAUUGUAUAGAAUGAAAAAUCCUUUUCCACGAUCAAAGUAUAGGCAGUAAUGAAUACGGGACUAAUGGAGUUUAUGUGAAAAACGAGAAAAGUUUUAGAAUUACAGUUUUCUUCUCGGCUUAUUGUCCGACCACAACAAUUUUACAUUUCGUACGUACAAAAUAUAGGGUGGCUCCCAACUCGGAACAGAAUGAAGGAACAUGGGGAUGCUUUUAGAAGCGAAUUUAGAAGCGUAGUAAAAAAGAUUAGUGUUUAUAAAACUUUUGUGAAUGGGAAAUCGUGACCAAGAGUAAUACAGAGCACGAGAUUAGGUCCUUGAUAUCGUGCAAAAGGAUUUUUCAUUCUGCGCAUCAAUAAAAAGAUUUAUUAAAAACAGUUUACUCCGUCGGUAAUACAGAUGAUUCCAGCUUCCCCUUAACUUGUUAUUUAAGAUAGUUUGAUAUAGUUUGAAAAGUCUAGAAACGCUGUGAAUGGAUGGCUGGACCAUCAAGAGAGAGAAUAAUCUGAUGAUAUAUUAGAAGAAAAGUAUAAACCCGCGUUAAAGGACCAGCUAGUAUCCAAAGAAGCAAAAGAGAACAAACGUGAAUCUUACCUCAUAAUAAUACCUCAUUUAACGGAUAGGACGAAUCAAGGAUUUUAUUAUUUUGUUCAACUCAGUCAAGUUCCUAGUCUGCACAUACGUGCAAUAGAGUGCAUACAUUUGUCGCUUUCCUAGCAUACACACGUGAUCACAUGCGUGCGGAUGUGUUUGGUCAAUUAUAUAUUAAGUUGUAUUUUAUUAUUUAGUAUUUAUAUUUUACGUAACAAAAUAUAUGUAUAUGCAUCUUUUGCAGUUGUUGCAACUACAAACAAUAUCCGCGUUUAUAGAAAAUAUCCUAAAUCUUUAUUAGAACAUGGACAUAUUACAUGUCAACGAGAGGUUUACAUCACCACUUGCUACGCAUCGCGCAACAUGUGCGUGUAUCGCAUUAUUCAUUUAUAGUCCUCUGAUAUUUCUAUUACGUGUAAGAGCUACGUGUCGGUUGCGUACGCGCAAUUGCGCGUUACAGACCCUUUAACACAGCGUGAGUCCUUUUUCCUCUUCUCCUCUUCCUUUUGUCGUUUGUACAAUGCGACACCCGAGCCCCAUACACACGAUGGACUUUGUACAUAUCUCUUUGGAAAAAAUCAAUUCCGUCAAUGAAGCGUGCGUGGAAUACUAAUCAAUCGUAACUAUCCCAACACCGUCCUGGUCGCCGUUGUCAUCAUCCUUGAGGAAACAGCGCGUUUGUUAAAUUACCAACAAGAAAACCUGAUUCAAGAGCAGGAACAUAGAAAUCAAAACUCAAACUCUCCCUUCAAAACGUACGAUCGGAAGAGAAUCUUUCACGUGUACAAGUUCAGAUUGAUUUGAUCAAGCGAAAUCGAGCGAAACCGAGCGAAAUGACUUUAGAGAAAGAGCAAAUUGUUGCAAGAAAUUCCUCAUUCCUGAAACAACAACGUUCGAGCUUGGCGGCUGCAAUUUCAAGCAGUUUCCAGUUUAUUUUACUGGCACAAUUUCUUCUUUCUCCUCCAGACAUUUUUUAAACGUUAAAUAUGAAAUAUUUUCAGAUUUACAGAUGAUUUUUUAAGCGAUAACCGCGCGCAAGAACGCGUGAGUUUUGCUUCUAUGCCCUCGCUUUCCGAGCUUUCCUCAUGGUGAUCGUUGUCGUCUCGGGAUCAGUCUCGGGAAGAAAGUGAUAACGCGAUUACGUCACGCCGUAAUAUAUAUAUAUACAUGUGUGUUUCAAUACAAACGUUUAUUAUGAAAUUAUAGUGACAUCUGCGUAUCACAGGAGAGCUCAGUCGAUUCUUCAGAAACCACUCCAUUGUUGUCGUAUUGCGAGCACGUAACGUUCUUCACGUGCAAAUGUGAAACGCAAACGACAGAAAGGAAGAAAGGAAGGAAGAAAAGAAAAAAAAAGAAAUA